AUGACCUGGGCAGAGUUUCAGCAAGCAAUUAGUGACAAGUACUAUAAUGUUGCAAUACGAGCGUCAAAGGUGGAUGAGUUUGCUACCUUGACCCAGGGGAAUAUAACGGUGACAGAGUAUGCAUUGAAGUUUGAUCGACUAGCCAAGUUCACAGCAGACUUAGUGCCAACUAAUGCAACUAGAGUAGAUCGGUUUGUUCGAGGCUUAAAGUAUAUGAUAGCUAGAUAUGUGGAGAUUGUGUUAGUAUGGGGCCACAAUACAUAUGCUCAGAAAAGGAAGGGAAGUGACCAAGCAAGGCAGUCAAGCCAGGAUAAAAGAGAAAAGGAUAGCAGAGGAAACAAUCGCACUGGGAACAAGGAAUGGAAAAGUCAAGAAGGGGCCAAAGAACAACAUAGGAAGGAAGAUAAUUUGGUUCCAGCACGUGUGUUUGCUCUCACCAAGCCUCAGGAAGAAGCAAGCACUUCUGUGGUCUCAGGUCAAAUUUUUAUCGCUGCAAUUAAUUGUCAUAUUUUAUUUGAUUCUGGAGCCACUCAUUCAUUUGUUGCUAAGAGAGUAGUGGAUAGAUUUAAUAGACCUAAUGAGAUGCAUGCUAUGGGUUUGGGGACCAUGUUGCCAACUGGGGAGGUGGUAAUAUCUAGGAAGUGGUUUAGAGCCUUGCCUUUGAGGGUAGAUGGUAGGGAGCUAUUUGUAGAUCUGAUUGAGCUGGAUAUGACUUAUUUUGAUGUGAUCCUCGGGAUGGAUUGGUUGAAAAAGUACAAUGCUACCAUCGAUUGCAAGAAGAAAAUGGUGGUGUUUAAGUCUGACGGAGAAGAGCCUUUUGCGUUCGUGGGGACAGCAACAGGACUACGAAUUCCAAUCAUUUUAGCGUUAGAAGUUAGGAAGAUGUUACAGUAUGGGUGCAUGGGAUUCUUGGCUAGUGUGAUUAACACAACAAAAACAGGAACACAGAGUCUGGAAGACAAGAGGAUGGUACGUGAUUACUUAAUGUAUUUCUAG